AUGCCGAAAGGUCCAAAGUCCAUCGCGGUGCUGUGCGCCGAACUGGGCAUGGACGGUGUUGCCGAAUCCAACCUCCGCAAAGAUGCUCAAUCCUAUCUCAAAGCUCAUGUCGAAGACCUUCCCAACGCACCCGAUUCCGCGAUUGAACCCGUCGCCUGGACUUUCCUCGAGUCCGGUGGCGGUAGCCGACACUUCUCGUGGGACGCUGCUCUUAACUAUCAAUGGGAAGCUAGCGAGCAUCGUUCAACUAUCCUUCACUAUGUGACUGAGAUCAUGAAAAUGCAACGAUGGUAUAUCAUCGACCGUCUCCACAAGCGAACCAACGGUGCCGUGAACUGUCCUGGCUGCUUGCUGCAUUCUCCCAAACAAGGAACUCCAGAAACCGUGGAUGGUGUCGCAACUGUUAGCCACGUCCCCGUUGAUGACACUGACUCAUCCAAUGAAUCCGAUAUGGGAAGUAUCCAUGACGACUCAGGCAGAGACGACGGUCUCUCGGCCAGCGAAAGCAGAAAGCGACACCGUGCAAGCCGUGACCGCUAUUCCGGGGCCGAAAAGAAGAGGCGUAAAUCGUCUGGCCCACAAGAAGAGGCCGGCGGCACAGUCGGCACCUUGAGAGAGGAAACGCAACUCCGAACGACAUCCAUCUACAACGUCGUCCCGAAUCCUCGACCCUCAACAAACUCAAACGCCCAUGCGGGCUUCACACCGGUCAAUCCGACAGUCGUCGUUGAAAUCCAGCGCGCCGCGUCCAAGCCCGAAGCCCAAGCCCAGCCCUCCUCCACACAGCUGGCUUCUUCUUCUUCUCAAACGCUUACCCUCAAGGACUUCAACCUCUCGAUGCGCUACCGCGGCAAGCAGUGGCACUUCAAUAGCAUCGCGCACAAAGCCAGAGUCCUCGAACAAAUCCUGUUGCAGGAGGAGAAGGACGUCGAAUCCUACCCGAUCGUGGCGUUCUCCAAGGGGGCGAAGAAGGUAACGCUCGGCGGCGACCUCGGCAACGAUCCAGAUCCCGACGGCGACGAGAGGGCCUUGAAGGAUUACUUCCGCUUUUAUUCGCAUUUCAUGAACGACAGAUUUCCGGGUAAUGAGAAGUUGUUGCUGGAAAAUGGAGUGAGGCCCUCGGCGUAG